CCUAACUAUCGGUUUUGCUGGUGCAGUUUGUAUGAACAUUCCUACGCCAUUACCUGAUGCUAUAAUAAGAUGUGAGUGCACAGCAGCAACCACAUUUACGUGUACACUAAAAGCCAUAACGCAAGCUAGUUACGAUGACAAGUGGAAAUGUUCAAUACGUGACCCACAAAAUUCACAAAGCGUAUUCAGCAAUGAGAUAGCAGUUACAGAACGAGUUUCAGUGAAAUAUGUAACUUUGACACCAGCACUGCCUCAAAUUUACGUCCUACCAAAUGUAGUGAUCAGCUAUAUCCGAUGUGAAUCAUCAGUAGGACGUCCAGCACCCAGCAUCACUUGGUUCUUGGAUAACAAAACCCCUUCUGACUACAGUGAUGAUGUGAAUCUUACUGGGUAUAGCAUCAGUUCAACAGUGACUGAUGUGACUACAAGCAGUCUCACAUUCACGCCUACCAGUAACCAUAAUGAUGCAAAGAUCUACUGUAAUGUAUCGAACGGAUACGAACUGAUCAUGUCCAAUAGGAUUCUGAAAAUCAAUGUGUUGAGCUAUCCCACUAGGCCGACAAUAAUGUACAACACGGUGCUUGUACCAUCAAACAUAUCUGUAAUACAGAACAGUACUAUAACGCUGGAAUGUUUAUCAUCUGGCAACCCGAUGCCAAGUAUUGCGUGGACCUUAUUCAACCGCUCUCUAAUAAACGGCUCGAUAAUUGCAUUAAAAGUUGCAACAAGUACUAACCAAGAACAAAUAGUAUGUAAUGCCACUACUUUAUUGGAUCCAACGAAUGGAUCUAGGACAACCGUUGGAAAUGCAACAACGUUAACCGUGAAUAGUUUAUAUCCCCCGUCUUCUCCUUCCUGUCAAAUCGGAUUAUUUCCAAUUCAAUCAAACAUCAUACGGGCAGUCGUUAAUGAACUCUUCACAAUGACGUGUACCAGCAGAAGCAACCCUCCUCCUUCACGGUAUACAUGGACACUGCCAUAUGGUGCUAAACAGAAUGGAACACAGCUUUCAAUGCAACCAAGCGAUAGUUAUAGAUACAUACUUGAAGUUGUCAAUGAAAUGAAUGCAACUUUCGAACGUGAUGUUGUUUACGGAAAUAUCACUGACUCCUACACAUUUGAACUUUUGUAUCCAGUGACAAAUCUGACUUUCUAUCAUCGUGGGCAAACCGAUCAGCAAAUAGCAACUCCAACUAUAAGCGUUAUUAAGGGUCGCGAGGUCAGUUUCAGAUGCAAUGCCUUUUCCAAUCCGGCUCCGCGUUAUACAUGGACAUUGAGUGGUGCUAAAGCUGCAAACACCACUUACUGGAAAACCGCAUUUGCCGACAACACUAGUAUUGGAUGUUUUGCAACAAAUACCCUCGACCCAACCGGGAAAAAAGCUAUGGACACUUUUAGUUCUUCGAAUGUUACAAUCCAUGUUUUGUAUGCUCCUGAGACGCCAAAGUUAACGUUUAAAACGUGUGCAACGUAUUCCCAAACUAAUCAUCUUAAGGUUAUCCGAGGUCAUUCCGUCUCGGGCAGAUGUACUACACAGAGUGAACCGGGUUCCAAGUUUUACUGGGCACCUAUCAAUAGUGGAAAUGUUGAUGACUUCUUAAUCACCAACGUCAGUAGUUACCACAUUGGCAAUUACACGUGCAUAGCCAAUAACGAAAUGAACACAACAUUUGGUGGGAUUAUCAACGGAACAAAUCAGUCCAGUUUUUAUCUAGACGUCUUAGCACCCGCAGAAGCUCUGUUCAUUGGCAAUUUUACGGUUUUAUUGAACACAACGUUAUCAGUCACUUGCCCCUACACGCCUGGGAAGCCAGCGGAGACGAGAUUCACGUGGUUCCACGCCAAUACAUCAGCAGUUGGAUCGCAUCAGAAUCUAUCUCUCUCUAAUAUGCAGCUCUUAGGCGAAGGAUACUAUAAAUGCAGAGUUAACAACACUAUGGACCCUACGGGAUGUGCCACUCAGGAGGCAUACGACGAAACAACAUUUUUCGUGGAUGUGCAAUAUCCUGCUAAGAUACGUAGAUUUUAUGCCGACGGGUCAGUUUUCGCGUCUAGUGUAACUAUCAACGAAAGUCAGAUUGUGACGCUACUCUGUGAAGCUGACAGCGACCCUUUAGCAAAACUAGAAAUCGUUAAUAUUACUAAAAGUGAUGAGCGCUUAUUGGUGGAAGCGCACAAUAACACAAUAUCCGCUCGUGUGGCGAAUGCGCGAUGUGAAUAUGAUAUGGGAGUCUAUCAAUGUAAAGGAAAGAACAUCCAUAAUGCAGAUCAACAGAUUCGAGAAAUAGAGAUCAAAAUAACAUGUUCACCAAGACCUUCACCAUUUGCUCCACCGAUAACCACGGUAUAUAGAAGAAGAUAUUCAUCAGCUAUAUUAUCGUUCACUAUCGUGGCAUAUCCUCCCCCAAAUGACGCUUCAGCAUAUGUUUGGCGUCAGCAGAUAGAUGGUGAAUGGGUAACACUUCACAAUAACAGCAGGUUCCAAGUUCGAAUAUCGAACGACAGUCUGCAGACAAACCUUUCCGUUUCGCAACUACAAAUUGACGAUUUUACAAACUAUUCGGUCCGUGUUAACAAUAACAUCGGAUCUACAGAGCAAAUAUUUGCCAUUCGAGCGAAUGAGCAGCCCUCUGUGCCACAGCAAUUUCUUAUCGUCGAUGCCAUGAUUACUGAACGUUCAGUCACAGUUCAAUGGAUACCUGGGUUUAAUGGGGGUGAAGACCAAUGGUUCGUGAUCGGUUACAAAAAGGCAGUAGAUGAAACCUGGACUUACAUUAACGUAUCUUCAACAGUUACUCAAUUUAGUAUUCGUGAAUUAGUUGCGGGGACCAACUAUGAAGUUAAGAUAUAUGCAGAGAAUAUAAUUGGCAAAUCUGAUGAGACCACUGUAUUAAGUGUAACAACACACUAUGUUAUUUCAGAUAACAGAUCCUCUCCAUCGGUUGGGGCUGCAGUAGGUGGGGCUGUAGGCGGAACUAUCCUGGCAGUCAUCUUCGCGGUGCUGUGGAAAUAUAGGAAAGCGUUUAAACGUAAACCUGAUGAAGGUGCCCAGUACGAUGACUUGUUCAAUAGACAAGUUGAUGUCCCUGCUGCCAAUAUCAGUUCCGAAUAUGAAGCCUACCGAGUCGAAGCCCAGCAAACAAACCAAUACGAGACACUCGCUGAAACUUCUUUUCAUGAAUAUUCGGUUUUAUCACCAAUGGGCAAACAGGAUUAUAGUGUUAUGAACCGUGUAAAUCAAGUUACUGAAACUGAUCGUGCAAUCGUGAAACAGGAAAACGCCUAUGUUAAUCUGUCAUUUUCAGUAACAUAAAAAACUAUUCUUCCUUUUGUAACUGGAGUGAUUACAUCAAAACAUAUUUAUAGCGCAAAUAAAACUAUUCGCAGAUUGAACGUUGUUUGUUUAGAAUUUUAAAUGAUUGUUAAUUGUAAGUAUGUGUAGAAUGUGCAUUGUAUUAAUACAAGCAAUAUUUGAAUUUAGAUUGUUUAAUCAAAAUUUCAACGUUCAGCCGGUGUUUGAAAACUAUUCAAGCAUCAGUGACAAUUUGACGACAAAAACAUAUGAACCAAUUAAAAUAAAAAUACUAUUCAAAAUGUAUUGUGUUUAUUUAAUGGGCAGUGUUUUUUGCAUGUUUUUGUUGUAUGUAAUUGUUGAAAAAUCGUUAAAUGAC